CAGCUGGCAACACUGCAGGUCAAAGUCGACGUGUGGCGAACCUACCUUUUAGUAAAUAUUCCGAAAUUGUGUUCCUUUGAGUUAAUUUUUGUUUGAUAUUUUAAUCCAAAAAAAUGGCUUCAUACAUUGCAAGAAACAUAGUUAAAAGUCCUGCAGCGUUAGGACUAACUCAGCAACAAUUUGGAAAUCUCAGGGCCUUUUCUGUUGGAAGCCAAUUAAACAACAAAAAAACUGUACCAGAUAAAACUGGAAAAAACAUCGUUUUGGUUGAUGGAGUCAGAACCCCAUUUUUAAUAUCUGGAACAGACUAUUCAAAAUUGAUGCCACAUGACUUAGCCAAACAAGCCUUAGCUGGAAUUUUAAAAAAGACUGGUAUUCCAAAGGAACUGAUUGAUUAUGUCAUCUAUGGAACUGUUAUUCAAGAAGUCAAGACUUCUAAUAUUGCGAGAGAAGCUGCCCUUGCAGCUGGGUACAGCGAUAAAACCCCCGCUCAUACUGUUACAAUGGCUUGCAUUUCAUCCAAUGUGGCCAUGACUACAGCUAUCGGCCUUAUUGCAAGCGGUGUCUAUGAACUUAUUGUGGCAGGAGGAGUCGAAUUUAUGUCUGAUAUUCCAAUUAGACAUAGCAGAAAAAUGCGUAACUUGUUACUACAAGCCAAUAAAGCCAAGACUUUACAGCAAAAAUUGGGACUCCUAGCGUCCAUCAGGCCUGAUUAUUUCGUUCCAGAGUUGCCAGCUGUUGCUGAGUUUUCUUCUGGCGAAACUAUGGGACACUCUGCUGACCGGUUAGCGGCCGCAUUUGGUGCUACCCGUAGAGAACAAGAUGAAUUCGCUCUUAGGUCACACACUUUGGCGCAACACGCAUACGAAAAGGGCCACUUCACUGAUCUUAUCCCCGUCAAAAUUCCUGGAAUUGAUAAAGUCAUUGAAAAGGAUAACGGGAUCCGUGUUUCCACUCCAGAACAACUGGCCAAACUUAAACCUGCAUUUAUUAAACCUCAUGGUACCGUCACAGCAGCCAAUGCAUCAUUUUUGACUGAUGGAGCAUCAGCUGCAAUUGUGACAACGGAAGCAAAAGCCAAAGCUUUGGGCUUAAAACCUAAAGCAUAUUUGCGCGAUUUUAUCUACGUUUCUCAGGACCCUAUUGACCAACUAUUGCUAGGACCAGCUUAUGGCACUCCUAUUGUAUUAGAAAAAGCUGGGCUUACAAUGAAAGACAUUGACGUUUGGGAGUUCCAUGAAGCUUUCGCCGGACAAAUUUUAGCUAACUUCAAAGCCAUGGACAGCGAUUGGUUUGCACAAACAUAUAUGAAGAGGAGCAGCAAAGUUGGCGCUCCUGAUAUCAACAAAUUUAACAACUGGGGAGGAUCGCUCUCCAUUGGACAUCCGUUCGCUGCCACUGGAAUCAGGUUGGCUAUGCACACUGCUAAUAGGCUUGUAAAGGAGGAUGGACAGUUUGGAUUGGUUGCAGCUUGCGCAGCUGGUGGACAGGGUGUGGCUAUGAUUUUGGAAAGACAUCCUGAUGCCAACGCAAAUUAAUACUUUUUAUAUUUAUUUUUACUUUUACCUGCAAGUGACCUUAAGUUUUCAUCAAUUUUUUUUUAGUCCUCCAGCUCCUUUAGAGAAAAAAAAAACUGUACAUAGCUUUUCUAUACAUUAUUUA